AUGUACUCUUUGCGCUCUAAUGCUCGAUACCAACUCACUGUUCUCUGCUGCGGCAUCGUCGGUCUGAUCUAUAUUUCCAUCCAGAACGGAUUCGAUUUCACUUCCAUCAAAUCGCUGGUCAUGGCACUCGCUUACGUGUGGGGUUUAGUUCUGGCUAUUUACUUGAUGGGUCAUGGUCUUGUCUCCAUUCCUCGAUCUUUUUUUCGAAAAGCCAACAAUGCCGAGGCUCUACGAAGGAUUCAGGCACACGCCCCUAAAAUCCAUGACCGUCUGACUGAUGCUGUAGCCGAACUAGAGGAAGUCGAGGCCCAAGUGGCCCAGCUACAGAAGAGAAAGACUGGCACGGCACGCAUGUUCGAGGAUUGGAUUGAAGAACUUGCCGACUAUACAAAUAUACCAGACUCGCGUCCCGCAGCUCUCCACUCGCUUGCGGAACCUACCGUGAUUCCGGCGGUUAUCACAGAACGAUACUUGGCAGGUUUAUCGCGACGACUACAGCGUGCACGGCACCAGAAGGCGCGGUUUGUCGACGAAUGGGACCGCCUCGUCCGCUUAGCCGCCGAUUAUCAGACAAUUCUAAACUCUACAGCGUCAAAGAAGCUUGAUUUCGGUCCUGUGGGUGGCUCUGAGGCUGGGUCCUCCUCGCGUAGGAUUGGACUUGUUACCCCGUAUAUGCGAUAUGUUAUAUAUGUGCGUGUACUUCCAGGCCUAAGGCUUGUCCUGGGAGCGGUCUUUGCCGCCGCCUCUUUCUGUGUCGUCUGGUCUGAGGUUGUCAAGGCACUGGCCCCGAAACUGUGCCUUAUCAGCCUAAGCUUGGUACCAAAUUCGGACAAAGCCCAGGUUGGAUUGGGAGGCCAGUUGAUAGCCUCCAUGUGGCUAUUGUACAUGUGUACUGCUGCCCUCAAAGGCGUCAAUGAUGCUCAGGUCUGGGGUAACCGAGCCCUAGUACGACGCAACACGUAUGGUGAGAGUGCCUGCUGGUAUGCGGGACAGGUCGCAAAGUUGACCGUUCCACUGGCAUAUAAUUUCCUUACAUUUUUACCCAGCGAGCUACGCCAUGAUACAACGUUCUACCAAUUUCUCGGGCAAUACAUCAAUCUCACACCUUUGGGCAAAGGCUUUGAUUACUUCCCAGUCUUCCUACUUAUUCCAGUCUGUGCCACUAUGUUCAACUUGUAUGGUCGGAUCAAAAAGGUUUUCGGAUUCGGUUUUGUAGAUGACGAAGAAGAUCCCGAAGCGGACCCUGGCGGUUUUGGGACGGGAGGCUGGCGUGAAGGACGUGCUUUAAUCGAGCGCGAACUGGUUGGUCUAGGAUCUCUAGGCUUGGCUUCGAGAUCUGUUGACGCUGGGCGCGCUGCCGGUCUCGCUUCUUCCUCCUCUUCCACCUCACUCAACAUUUCGCGCGCAGCUUCUCCACAACCCGGAUGGUCCUCUUCAUCAAGCGUACCAAAAACCUCGUCUCGGGUUCCAUUAAUUGGGUCAUCAUCGUCAGCAAAUGCGAUCACUCCCGCUACUGUCAUUGAUGACGGCGUUGCCGAAGAAGACAACAUCUUCCAAUCAUUCGCGCACCGCGUCCGAAACACUAUCGACACGGCAUCCACCCCACGAUGGUUACAAGGCGGCUUCCCAAAUAUCAGCACGCCGAAAUGGCUAAAUUCGGAUCGGGCAGACUCGGGUGCCAACAAUGGCUCUAGCCAGGGAGGUAACAAGAUAUUUGGAGGUUUAUUUGGACAACGGUCCUCAGACGGACAUGUGCGGCUGUGA